AUGGGUCUAUCCUCACUCUUGAUCCUGGCCGGCGCCGGGUCUGCUAUGGCUCAUACGAGCAGUGUCGAGGUGCCCGCGAACCUAUCCACGCGGGCUCUCGGUCGUGAUGCUCUCGCGUACUCGGUUGAGCCCGUCUGGUUGGAUUCAUUCACCAACAGCAGUCUGAUGGCCACCCUACUUCAUGGCAUCUCGAACUUGACAGGCAAGGCCACACCUAUUCGGAUCGGAGGCACGACGAGCGAUCAGACAUACAUUGUGGACAGCCUGCCCGGAAAUGUUACCUCUCUCGAGAGGACCAAGCCCAGCACGCAAUUUAAUAUCACAGCCUCCUGGUUCUCAACAUUUGCCGAUUAUUUCCCAGAGGGCACGGAGGUGAUUUACUGCCUCAAUCUCGCGGACAACUCCAGCAGCUGGGCCAACACCCAAGAACAGGCCAGCGCCGUGUGGGAUGCCCUGGGGGAAAAGCUGGUGAUGUUCGAGCUCGGCAACGAGAUAGACCAUUACAUCGACAAGGGCUGGCGAUCUGAGAGCUGGGGAGUAGCCGAGUACAUAACGCAGUUCAACAACCUCACCGCGAGCAUAAUGGACGCUUCGUGGUACGCCGAGGCCGGCGGUUCCGCACCUAAGUUCCAAGCCGCGGUGUUUGCGGACCCGCCGUGGGUGCCAGACCAGCAGGACGAGAUCGACGAUUUCGACAUCGUCAACCUGACCCGAGGAGGGCUGGUCGACACGGAGCACAAGGUUGUGGAGUCCUACUCGGUCCACCUCUACCCGCAGUCGACGUGCGACACGGAGCGCUGGCUGAGGAUGCGCCUGGACCUGUUGAGCAACCAUACCACGCUGUGGCUCAACGUGUCGCAAUUUGUGCCCCAGGUCGCUGCAGCAGAUGCGGGCAACACGUCACUCGUCUUUGGCGAGACCAACAGUGUCAGCUGCGGCGGGCGAAGUGGGAUCAGUGACACUUUUGGAGCCGCGCUCUGGGCUGUGGACUACGUGCUCAUGGCCGCUAGCAUUGGGAUGCCCAAGGUCUACUUCCACCUUGGCGCCCAGUCGCAGUACUCGGCGUUCACGCCUUGGUCGUACGAGCUGAACAACGAGACCUUGUCGUCUGGGAUCCGUGCCCCCUUCUACGGUCACUAUUUUGUCGCCAAGGUGGUGGAGGGGUUGGCAGAGGAUGAGUCGUAUGGAAUUGCGGCACUGCCGGGUGCAAACUCGAGUGACCUUAGUGGCUAUGCUGUCUACCGGGGCGAGGAUCUCGCGAAGCUCGUGUUCCUCGACAUGGGCGUAUGGAACGGCACAGAAGGCCUGUCGAACCCGUCGACGCUGAGCACCACGGACGGGACCGACUUCAGCAACGGGACGAGGCCGAGUUACAACAUGACCGUGACGUCGUCCUGGACGGCGGGCCAGAACAUCAGCAUCACCAGGCUGCAGGGCCCCGGCACGAAUGCCAAGAGCUCGGUGAGCGUGUCGGGCGUGACGUUCGACCCGGCGACGGGAGGUCGAGUGGAAGGCGAUGCCGACGAGGAAGUUAUUCAGGUGGGCGAGGGAGGCGCGGUCAGCUUUCACCUGACCGCGGCGGAGGGUGUUCUUCUCCAGCUUGUGGCCGACGCGACGGCUUCGCCAGGGAGUGGUGAGACCUCAGGAGCCUCUGUCACGGUGGGCCGCUCCUGGAGUAUGCUCGUAGUGGUUGCCAUAGCAAUGGCCAUAGCUGUGUGA